CAUUCACGCUUUGCAACAGAUAACAUACAAAAGGAGGUCAGAGAAAAGGGUGUUUCAUUGUGUGAGAAAAUUAAUUAGAGAAUUGUGUAUUGGCUGGUUAAGAAACGUGAAGAUGACUACAACGAUCGCUAAACGUUUUGCCCUGGUGUUGCUCGUGCUAUGGUGCUUAAAUGAAUUUAAUGAAAAAUCGUUUUCUGUGCACGCAAUUUGUGACCGAUACACCUGUCCCAAAACUGCUAACUGUCGAGGAGAUAGCUGUAAUCAACGUUCGUGUUCUGCAGAUAAAACGACCUGCUCCCAAAAUUGCCACAGCAAAUUGAACUGUCGGACAGCAUGCCGCGCUGGCGUUGAGAGAUGCAAUCAAUAUGGUUCUGGAAUAAUGACUUGCAAAGCGACGGAGAAGUGUCAACAAGGCUGCAGUGGUGAAAAGUCUUGGUUUUCAUGCACACGUACUACGAAAUGCGAUCAAGAAUGUUCCUAUGGAUGGUGCAACGCAAUUUGCGGUUUUGGAGUGAAGAAUUGCACGCAGAAGUGUUCGUACGGGCAUUAUUGCAGUUUUAAAUGCGACAAUAAAAACGAAAUUUGCUCACAAGUAUGUUCUUAUGGCCAUGGUUGUAAUUUUGCAUGCGUUUCCGGAGUCAAAACUUGUUCCCAAACGAACUCAUAUUCGGAUAACAGUCAGCUGACAUGCAAUUCCAAGAAAUGUAACCAAGUGAGCUCAUAUUCGGAUAACUGCCAGCUGACAUGCAAUUCCAAGAAAUGUAACCAAGUGAGCUCAUAUUCGGAUAACAGUCAGCUGACAUGCAAUUCGAGGAAAUGCAAUCAAGCGUGCGAUUACUCAGGUUGCAUUGCAACGUGUAUCCCUGGUGUCGAGAAAUGCACGCAGGGGUGUUCGUACGGUGAUUACUGCAAUUUUACAUGCGAUGCCGGGAUCAAGACUUGCUUGCAAAAGUGCUCAUAUUCGCAUGACUGCCAGCUGACAUGCAAUUCUAAGAAAUGCCAUCAAGUGUGCGGUUACAGAGGUUGUAUAGCAACAUGUGGCCCUGAUGUCGAGAAAUGCACGCAGGAAUGUCGAUCGGGAAGCUCAAAGUGCGUGUCGUAUUGCAAGGCAAAAAAAUGUGUUAGAAGAGGUCGUAAUUGGGUCGUGCGAUUUAAUUAAAGCACUACGUACGUUAUAAUAUAAUUCUUGUA